AUGACGCCAUCUAGAUUGCGCCAAGAUGCUCUGGUGACGCCACUGGAUGAUCUAAGCGGGGCCAUGUACGCGAACAUUAAGCUCGAUUCGCUUCUUCCAGAAAUAUCUGAGCAUACUCACCAGGACUCCAUAGCUCAUCUAUAUGCUCAAGAUGGACAGCCAACAUCAAGUGCAGACAAGGUAGACAUUGUGGAAGACUACGAUACGCUAGAACGGACUAAAUCAGAGCAUAUGGCCAGCUCUUCGGGUGAAUUUGCCAGAAAUUCCGGCAAACCUUCAAUAACUUCUCAGUGGAAGUUGAAACAAGUACUUGCUGGAGCACAUCUGGGCUGGGUGCGCAGUUUGGCUGUUGAUCAAGUUACAAACGAGUGGUUUGUGUCAGGACUGGCUGAUGGCCUCAUCAAAGUGUGGGACUUGGUUUCUGGUGAAGUUCGGGCAUCGAUUUCUGGCCAUAUUAUGGGUGUUCGAGCAUUGGCCGUAUCCAAUAAGUAUCCAUACCUUUUUUCUGGUUCAGAAGACAAAACAGUCAGAUGCUGGGACUUGGAACGAACCAAUCUGGCAUCUGGCUGUCAGAUCAGAAACUACCAUGGACAUGUCGGUGGAGUUUACGCCAUGGCUCUCCAUCCAGAGCUCGAUCUACUAUUCACCGCAGGAAGAGACUCUGCCAUUCGAGUUUGGGACAUCCGGACUCGCCACCAAGUGAUGGUGUUGACAGGACAUAGAAGCGACGUCACGGGGCUAGCGGCACAGAUUGGUGACCCGCAGGUGGUAUCGUCAUCUAUGGAUUCCACGGUACGUCUUUGGGAUUUGAGAAAACAAACUACCCAGCUUACACUCACUCACCACACCAAAUCUGUGCGGCUGCUUGCGAUGCAUCCAAACGAGAUGACCAUGGCGACGGCGGAUUCUAGUGGAAAUAUCAAGGAAUGGGUUCUCCCAGGCGGACAACUCCUCGAUUCAUUUGGCGAAAUCGACGAUUCAUCUGAUGCGAAUAUCAUCAAUACUUUGGCUAUAAAUCCGGGAACAGAUGAGUUGUUCGCAGGUUAUAGUGACGGCAGAAUGAAGUUCUACGACUACAAAUCGGGAAAAAUGACGCAAGCGGUGCAUUCCACACCAGCACCGGGCUCAUCCUCCUCGACCAUCUACGCAUCGACAUUUGAUAUGCUGGGUAUGCGAUUACUCACUGCAGAGAGCGAUAAGAGCAUCAAGAUUUGGAGUGUGUAA